AUGGCCUCGGGGGACGAGCUCUCCGGGUUGCUUUUCUGUGAGAGGAAAAUUAUGGGUUCUGAAGAGAAUAACAACGAAUUGUAUAAAAUAACCACUACUCAGCAAGCAAUUGCCUCUUGUUGUGGAGCUAUUGUUACAUCACUCUUGGUGACACCUCUUGAUGUUGUCAAAAUUCGACUGCAAGCCCAAAGCAAUUCAUUCACUAAUGGAAAAUGUUUUGUAUACUCCAAUGGCCUUAUGGAUCAUGUAUAUGUCUGUGAGGAUGGGAACAGCAAAGCCUGGUAUAAGAAACCUGGCCAUUUCAGAGGGAUGUUGGAUGCGUUUGUGAACAUUAUUAAAAUAGAGGGUAUUAAAUCACUGUGGAGUGGACUUCCUCCAACGUUAAUAAUGGCAGUUCCAAGUACAGUAAUUUAUUUUACCAGCUACGAUCAACUGAGUGAAGUUUUGAUAUCUAAACUAGGAAAAAAUAGUGACUACAUUCCAGUUCUUGCAGGCUCCAUAAGCAGAUUGGGUUCAUUAACUGUAGUAAGUCCACUGGAGUUGAUCAGAACUAAAAUGCAGUCUCGCCAAUUAUCUUACAAGCAACUGCGUAUAUACAUCAAUAAUACACUGGCCAAAGAUGGUUGGCUUUCACUCUGGAGGGGCUGGAGUCCCACUGCUCUGAGAGAUGUACCUUUCUCAGCAAUAUACUGGUAUCACUAUGAACGCAUCAAGAAGCGGUUGUGCAAGACAUUUGAUGCACAUGAACCAACAUUUAUGAUCAGCUUUACUUCAGGGGCAACAGCUGGCUCUAUUGCAGCUACAGUAACUUUACCAUUUGAUGUGGUGAAAACACACAAACAAACUGAAAUUUGGGAAUAUGAGACGUUAAACUUAUCACAGAAGAGGUCCACAUCAACAUGGACAGUAAUGAAGAGAAUUGUUGCUGAGCAUGGGUUUACUGGAUUAUUUGCUGGUAUUGUUCCACGGUUGAUUAAAGUUGCUCCUGCUUGUGCCAUAAUGAUCAGCACCUAUGAAUAUGGGAAGUCCUUCUUUCGUAAAUUAAACAAACAAAAAAUAUACAAAGCUAUUAAUUCUCACUCAAGCUGA